AUGUCGGCCACCGCUCGGGUGGCCACCUUGCGCUCCCAAGUGCCCACGCUGAAGUCGACAUAUACCAGUGCCUCUCAGCGCUCCAUCCUCCAGGCCUACUCCUACACGACGUCUUCGUCCGCCGGAGCUAUCCUGUCUCGCCAUUCCGAACGCGCCACCCGUCCCGUGUCGAUUCUCUCCCCGUACGCUGCUCUCCCCCUCACGCGGUCUUUCCACGCUUCCGUCUCUCGCUCGCAAGAACAGAAGGAGAAGAAGUCCGAGGAAGGAAAGGAAGAGAAGAACGAAGAGUCGAAGGAAGAAGGCAAGGAGGAGGACAAGAAAGACGCCCCUCCGCCCCCUCCCCACGGAGACAAGACCCCCUGGCAAGUCUUCCGCGAUACUCUCCAGUCCGAAUUCAAGGCGUCCAAGGAGUGGAAUGAGUCCACCAAGGCCCUCGCCUCGUCCGCGCAUCAGUUCACCGAGAACGAGAACAUCAAGCGGGCUCGUGCCGCGUAUGAGGCGGCCUCCGGAGCGGCAACCAGCCGCACCUCGUCCGCAUUGAAGACCACCGGUCAGGCCAUCGGCAAGAGUGCCGCCUGGACGUGGAACACGCCCGUGGUCAAGGGGAUCCGUAAGGGUGUCAACGCCACCGGUGCUGGACUGGAAAAGGCCACCCGGCCUGUGAGAGAAACUGAGGCCUACAAGAGCGUGAAGGAUGCCAUCGACGAUGGCAGCUCCUCUCGCUAUGGUGGCUGGAUUGAGAAGGAGGAGCGUCGGAAGCAGAGAAAGCUCCGUGAAGAGAUGGAAGCCAAGUCUGGUCGCAAGAGUGAGCCCAUGGUGGAAGAUCCGAAUGCUGGUACCAACAUCACCCUCCACAAGGAUUCCGCCUGGAAGGAGUCGUGGCGCGAUUUCAAGGAUUCGAACCCCAUGAUGCAGAAGCUCUUCUCGCUCAAGGAGACCUACAAUGAGUCGGAGAACCCUCUGAUCAGCACCGCUCGCAGCAUUUCCGACCGGGUCGCCGGCUUCUUCGCCGAGAAUGAGACGGCCAUGGUUAUCAAGAAGUUCCGGGAGAUGGAUCCCAACUUCCAGAUGGAGUCUUUCCUCCGGGAGAUGCGCGAGUACAUUCUCCCCGAGGUGCUCGAUGCCUACGUCAAGGGAGAUGUGGAGACCCUGAAGCUCUGGCUGUCGGAUGCGCAGUUCCACGUGUACGCCGCCCUGGCACAGCAGUACACCACCGCCGGACUCAAGUCCGACGGCCGGAUCCUCGAUAUCCGUGGCGUGGAUGUGUCCCACGCCCGGAUGCUUGAGCCCGGUGACAUUCCCGUCUUCGUCGUGACCUGCCGUACACAGGAGGUGCACGUCUACAAGAACACCAAGACGGGCGAGCUGGCCGCUGGCAUGGAGGACAAGGUCCAGCUGGUGACCUACGCCAUUGGUCUCACGAGAAUCCCCGAAGACGUCAACAACCCCGAGACCCGAGGAUGGCGGUUGAUCGAGCUGCAGAAGGCGGCUCGCGACUAUAUCUAG